GAUUCCAGCCUCAGCUCCUGGGAGGAUCAAGAGAGCCCCGCCCUGGGCAAUGGAGAAGGGCCCCCUCAAAAGCAAAGAUGAAAAAGGACACAGCUUCAAGGUCAAGGGGACUGCCCACAGCUGGAACAAAAAGAAGCAGACCAAACUCACCGUGGGCAGCCUGGGAUUGGGCCUGAUCAUCAUCCAGAAUGGACCUUACCUCCAGAUUAGUCACCUCAUCAAUAAAGGUGCUGCAGCCAGUGACGGGAUACUCCAGCCAGGUGAUGUUCUGAUUAGUGUUGGACAUGCCAACGUGUUAGGAUAUACCCUCCGUGAAUUUUUAAAGCUUUUGCAAAAUAUCACUAUAGGAACAGUGCUACAAAUCAAGGCUUACCAAGACUUUAUUGACAUACCCCUGGAAUGGAAAGAUGUGUAUGAUUUAAUCCCCGAGACCAAAUUUCCAGUUCCACACACACCAAAGAAAACGGAGCAGGCAAAAGAUGAGCCUUUUGCAAGCAGAGAUGACCAUGAGGAUGUAGUCUUAGAUAAACGACUGAAGUAUUACAGAUAUCCUCGGUCAGUUUGGAAUCACCCUGUAAGGAUACCGGUAUCAAUCUCCACAGAAUGGCAUGGAUAUAAAAAGAAGGACCAUACUAUUAGUGUUGGCAAAGAUGUUAACUGUGAUGUAGUUAUUCACAAAGAUGAUAAGAAAGAACUGAGGGCCCCCUCUCCAUACUGGACAAUGGUGGAGCGCGACAAUGCCAUCUCCUCCACCUCUUCCUCCUCUGCUGCUUCCUCCAACUCAGAUGCUUUUUGGCUGGAGGACUAUGCACAGGCUGAGAAGGGGGAAAGUCAGAAGGUAUCAAAGUUUGCUUAGGUAUUUGUUUGCAAAUCUGUGGCCACAGAAAUUUUUAUUUUUAAAUAUCCAAUGUAUAGGUUUGUAAAAUUCCUACAGCACUUAGCAACUCUUCUAAGAUUGUA